GAUGACUCACUUGUAGUGUGGAAGGAGGUGGACCUGACCCGGCUGUCAGAAAAGGAGCGUCGUGAUGCUUUGAACGAAAUCGUUAUCCUUGCCCUGUUGCAGCACGAGAACAUCAUCGCGUACUACAAUCACUUCAUGGAUAACACCACGCUGCUGAUUGAGCUGGAGUACUGUAAUGGAGGGAACCUCUACGAUAAGAUUCUGCGGCAGAAAGACAAGCUAUUUGAAGAAGAGAUGGUGGUUUGGUAUCUCUUUCAAAUCGCGUCAGCUGUGAGCUGCAUUCAUCGGGCAGGAAUCCUCCACAGAGAUAUAAAGACAUUAAAUAUCUUUCUAACCAAGGCAAACCUGAUUAAACUGGGAGACUAUGGGUUGGCAAAGAAGCUGAACUCUGAGUACUCCAUGGCUGAGACUCUGGUGGGAACUCCGUAUUACAUGUCCCCAGAACUCUGCCAGGGUGUGAAGUACAACUUCAAAUCAGAUAUCUGGGCAGUGGGCUGUGUCAUCUUUGAGCUGCUUACUCUGAAGAGGACCUUUGAUGCUACUAAUCCCCUGAACCUCUGUGUGAAGAUUGUACAGGGAAAUCGCGCCAUGGAGGUUGAUUCCACUGUCUACUCCCGGGACCUGAUCCAGAUGGUGAAUUCCUGCCUUGAUCAGGAUCCAGAGAAGAGACCCACUGCAGAUGAAUUGCUUGAACAUCCCCUCCUCAGCAAACGCAGGAGGGAGAUGGAAGAGAAAGUCACGCUGCUUAAUGGGCCAAAUAAGCGACCACGGUCAAGCACCAUGAAUGAGGCUCCCAUUGCAGUGGUGACUUCGCGCACUAGUGAGGUGUAUGUUUGGGGAGGGGGAAAGUCCACCCCCCAGAAGCUGGAUGCCAUCAAAAGUGGCUGCAGUGCACGCCAGGUGUGUGCUGGUAACACUCACUUUGCUGUGGUGACAGUGGAGAAGGAGCUCUACACCUGGGUGAAUAUGCAGGGGGGCACAAAGCUGCACGGGCAGCUGGGACAUGGAGACAGAGCCUCUUACCGCCAGCCGAAGCAUGUUGAGAAGCUUCAGGGAAAAGCCAUUCGCCAGGUGUCCUGCGGAGAUGAUUUCACAGUGUGCAUCACUGAUGAGGGCCAGGUGUAUGCCUUUGGCUCGGACUAUUACGGAUGCAUUGGCGUUGACAAGGCUUAUGGCUCUGAAGUGCUUGAGCCCCUGCAGCUGGAUUUCUUUCUUACCAACCCUGUGGAGCAGGUCUCGUGUGGAGAUAACCACGUGGCAGUGCUGACCAGAAACAGAGAAGUUUACACGUGGGGCUGUGGAGAGUAUGGGCGCUUGGGCUUGGAUUCAGAAGAAGAUCACUACACCCCUCAGAAGGUGGAUGUUCCAAAGACUUUAAACAUCGUGUCCGUUCACUGUGGCUGCGAUGGGACUUUCCUGCUCACCCAGACAGGCAAAGUGUUGGCAUGUGGACUCAACGAGUUCAACAAGCUGGGCCUGAAUCAGUGCACGUCGGGGAUAAUCAACCAUGACACGUACUGUGAGGUGCCAUACGCCACUUCCCUUACUUUGGCCAAGCAGCUGUCCUUCUACAAGAUCCGUACCAUUUCUCCAGGGAAGACACACACAGCUUCCAUUGAUGAGCGAGGCCGCCUGCUGACCUUCGGCUCCAACAAGUGCGGACAGCUUGGUGUUGGGGACUAUAAGAAGCACCUGGGAAUUAACCUGCUGGGAGGCCCCUUGGGGGGUAAGCAGGUGAUCAGGGUUUCCUGUGGAGAUGAAUUCACCAUAGCUGCUACCGACGACAACCAUAUCUUUGCCUGGGGUAAUGGCGGGAAUGGGCGCCUGGCAAUGACAUCAACCGAGAGAGCUCAUGGCUCGGAUAUUUGUACCUCGUGGCCUCGGCCAAUAUUUGGAUCGUUGCAUCACGUUCCAGACCUGUCAUGCCGUGGCUGGCACACCAUCAUCGUUGUUGAAAAGGUGUUGAACUCUAAAACAAUCCGAUCCAACAGCAGUGGCCUGUCCAUUGGCACUGUGGCUCAGAGCUGCACAACUGGAGGAGGAGAGGAAGAGGAUAACGAACAGGAAGCAGAGACCCCCAAUCCCAGCGGAGGCUUUCGGGGAACCAUGGAAGCAGAUCGCGAGCUGGGGGGCUGGAUCAGCACCACAGAAGAUAAGGGAGGCAGCAGUGGUGACAGCAGCUCCUGCCCCGGCUGGCUGCGGAAGGAGCUGGAGAACGCUGAAUUCAUCCCCAUGCCUGACAGCCCCUUUCCUCUGAGCAUGGCAUCUUCAGAGCCUGAGAAGGAGACUCUCCCUUACCAGAAACUUCAUGGACUCAAAGUGGCCUCUGAGGAACCUGUUGGAUUAAACAAGCCCAAAACAGAGUCCUGGCCUACUUGCCUGAGUCCGACCUUGCCGUGCAGUGAAGGGAAGGCUGCGUCUCCUGGUGCGGGCUGCGUGUGCAGUGCUCUGCAAGGGGAGGUGGCGCACCUCCGGGGCCUGGUUUUACAGUGUCUGGACGAUCAGCAGAAGCUGCAGCAGGAAACCAUUCGUCUGAGUGCCCAACUCCAGCGGUUCUGCAGGGAGACGGAGGGAAUGCAGCAGGUGGAGGUUCAUUCCAAAGGAACACAGACAGCCAAAGAGGAGAUGGAAGUGGAUCCGAAACCUGAUUUGGAUUCAGAUUCCUGGUGUCUCCUGGGAACGGACUCGUGCCGCUCCAGCCUCUAGUCUCCUGAGCCCACUGGGAUCCAUCUAACUUCACAGCACACUAACCGAUUGCAGAGAGCGGCUUUCCUGGCUUCAGGUCACUCGCAGACAAGGAGCGAGGCUGGAGGCUCCAGAGCAGCACCCAUGUACGUUUGAUAUGAACUAGGAGUGAGUUUGAGAGGGGAAGGGCCCCUGAGCUCUAGGCCAGCUCAGUGAUUGAAGCAGCAGCAGCUCCUCUUUGUACCUUAUUUGUCAAUUCUGCAUGUGAGGCAGAACGGCCCCGGUAUGGCAACGGCUCCAGUAGCAGUUUGCAGCCCUUUCAUUGUUUCACUGCUUCUUGGGAGCUGCCUUUGGGACCCCAGUAUUCAUCACUGCAUCUCUGGAGGAGAGGAGGAGACAUGUUUUGUACUGAAGCUGGCUGAACCCUAAGACUCGCCACCUUCACUUCAGAGGGGUGAAGGAUUAGGAUCCUUUCCCUGC